CUUCGUUUCUACAGUUAAUCAACAUCACUAACCAUGACGUACUACAAUCCUUCUGACCAACAACAAUAUCAGCAACCACAAAUCAAUAACCAUCCACAGUAUUCACAGCAACAGUACCAGCCACCUCAACCUCUGAGAGUCCAAUAUUCUGCGUUGCCACCACAAGAAACAGAGCAUAACCAGUAUCCAAAGCUGGACAAAGUAGUCUCAGUCAAACAUUGUCAUCAUUAUUUGUCUUUGAUGGAGCAGUUUUUGCUAUACAAAGAACGAUUCGAUUCGACUCAUUUAAAGAUAAUGUUGGCUCGAGCAGAACGUCGUUAUAUUCAAUGGCGAGAAAUAGUUCAUACAUCUUUCUCAAAGACUGGAUAUCAGUCUUUCGUUCCUCCGCUUGAUAUUGCGUACAUGUGGCACACACACAUGCUAAGUCCGUUUCGCUAUUUUGAAGAUUCUAUUCGGCUGAAUCAAAUGGAUCUCUUCAAAAUAAAUCUUCCCUUGGGAAAAUUGCAUGAAUACGCCAGCACACGAAUCUCGUUGGCUGAGAUGAACAGCUGGCGGCUAUACUAUGGUACAGAAGAGCCGUACUACCUUAACCCCGAAAAUGUAGUUGUUGGUACCACCAUGGUGAAUUGCACUUAUUGCAGUGAGAAAAUGGAAUGCAGUUGGAUUGAAUACGCCGACUGGAGAACUAAUCCAGAUUUGAACAUUCGAUGCCACACAUGUCGUCAAUCCACCAGUGUGGGAACAGCGUCUGUUGCACGUCUUGCCAAAGAUAUAGAGGGACGUUCCUAUUUAGUUGCUGGUACCCUUUUAGAAAAAAAUGGUAGCCUCAAAGGGCCGGGGAAAUUUCAGCUCCAACGUGCCAUGGCCUUUUGUGUGGAGAAAGCCGAAAAAGAUCUCCCUGAAAGUCGUCUUGUAAUUCCGUCCCGCUCCAUGGAGGACAUCAUUACAUAUAUUGAAAAGACGUGCAGUAACACACGCAAAGGAGCAAGCAACUGGCAUCGCAUUGUGUCUGUAUUUUUAGUGAACGCUCUCCGAUCGUGCUAUUUGAAUAAUCCGAGUCCAUUCUCUUUGGACUUGAUCCAAGCCGUGGGUCGCCAACAGGCUUUCAACGUUAAGGCAGUCCGUACGAUCGACUGGCAAUCGCCUUAUGGCAUCGCGCGCGCUAUCCGGCAAUACAACGAGUUUUUAAAAAUGAUAAUGGCGCAUCCGACCCAAGUUAUGGUCCCAACAUUGGAAAUUGACUUGGCAUGGCAUACGCAUAUGCUCCACCCAGCUACAUAUCGUACAUUCACGUUCAAAUAUACUGGGCAAUAUGUCAAUCAUGACGAUAACAUUGUGCCUGAGAAACUCAAGACAUAUGCUGACGGCACGGAUAAAGCCUGGCGGGCGAAGAAUGGUCACAAUUUGAUCAACGGUGGAGAUAAUGGUCCUGCAAAAAAAUCGACAUCUAAAAGAGCGGGAUUCUUCAGCAAAGUUCGCGAUGCUCUGUCCAGUGGAUUUGGCGAUGAUUAUAUUCCUGGCACUUUGCCGGAAUCGUUUGCUCAAAAUGGUGUCAUAGACGGAGCAGCUCUAAAAACCAGUACCAAAGAAAGCUAUCACGAUAGAAGAACCGUAAAAUCCAUUCUAGGGAUUAAAAAUAAUACCUAUUCGGAUUCUGUGCAAAACAAUAUUCAUCACCAACUCGAGAAUAAUGGAUAUGGCUAUGUUGGUACGGUGAAUUGCGCUUCAGGAUCUACAGGUCGCAAUCUUUAUUACAACCACCAGUUAUAUGCCGUGCAAUCAAUUAAGCCUUCCUCGGCAUCGACCCAAAGAUGGGCUGACCUUACACCGGUACUGCAACCGAAUUCUGUCCAAAAGCUUUCAAAAAAGCUAAAAAGCAAGUCGAAGCCAGCAAAACAUAAGCAUGACAAUCGCGGUAAACCAUUAGAAAUCGCGCCAGGUCUUGGAGAGCUAAUCGGUAACGCUAUCAACAAUUGCAACAGCUCAUCAGCUAAUUGCGGCGGAGGUAUGACUCGUCUAUGAUUUACUACCGAAAACAAGAAGUACUAAAGUAUCCGUGACCUAAUGUGCUUGUAAAUGUUGCUAGGAGGCGGAGCAGGCG